GCCGAGGUUACCACAGGACACUCCCGUGCCGCCGCUGGACCUCAGCUACUAGCAACAAGCAGCGCUCCGAGCUGCCUCGGAUUAUCGUGCAGACCCUGCUCGCCUCUGGAUAUUCUGCUCAUUGGCAAUACAGCGGCAACUUCAGAGUCACACACUGCACACAGAUCCAGAAUUAAUGUGUCGGGGCUGUUUUUUUCUUUUUUGGGGUUAUUUUUGCUGUUAAUGCUCGGACUCUCUGAACCGGAGCGACCGAAGCACCAGCCGACUGGAUCAAUUUACUUUUCGGUUUGGGCUCCGUUCACUGACACCCCGCAUGGAUUUAAGGACAAACUGUACUGGCUGUGACAUUAAGGAGCACAAUGUCGCCGAAAAACACUUCACCCGGGUGGCUUCAGUGGCAAGUUGUAUGACACGAUAUAUUUAGCUACUGGUAAAAAAAAUAAAAAAUACAACAAAAACUGCUAGCGAUAGCGAGCUGUACGGCGGGGGACGCGUACACGCUGAGGUCAUUAUGAACUAAAAUGGGACACACGGCUGUGUGACGGUGCGAGAGGCUGUUGUAAUGUUAGUGGGUUUAAUUUUUUUUCCUCCCUGGAUUUUAAUCGUUUCAGGGCUGAGACUUUAGCAGCACAGCGGUUAGGUUGGUAGCACUUGUAGCACUCGGACUGUGGUGAUGUUUAAUUAGUGAACGUAAAUAAGAAAACGGCGCAAAAGACGGUAAAGUUUGACGUCAACUGCUUACAAAGCCUGAAAGGUCACCGUGGAAUCGGCCAUCUCCUCCUCCUCCUCCUCCUCCAGUCUGUUAUGAAGAUGUGAACUCUUCCUUCCCUCCGUUCCUCUUUCUCUCAUUGCCGUCCUGUGACCGUGUCCCUCUCUGUUUGCUACAAAGACACCACAACCAGACUCUCGCCUCUCGGGGAUGUACGAAAGCGUGGAUGUUGUAGGUUUAAGCCCCAGCCCCAGCAGCCCCAGCACGGGCUCUUUUCUAAGCAUGGACUACUACCACAGACCCCCGGGGCUCCGGCCGGAGAAGGGACUCCUGCCCGGUGUAGGAGGACUCCAGCGUCCCUUCGGCGGGUCUCUACUGACCGGCAGACACUGGAGCGGAUCCAGCCACUCUAUAGAGACUGAGAGCACGAGUUCAGGGGAGGACCUGCUUGUCCCCAGUCCCCCCUCACCUCCACCUCCACCUCGCAUCUACAAACCCUGCUUUGUAUGCCAGGACAAAUCUUCAGGAUACCAUUAUGGAGUCAGUGCCUGUGAAGGCUGCAAGGGUUUCUUUCGGAGGAGCAUCCAGAAGAACAUGGCGUACACAUGCCACCGGGACAAAGUCUGCGUCAUCAACAAAGUGACAAGGAACCGGUGUCAGUCGUGUCGACUGCAGAAGUGCCUGGAUGUGGGCAUGUCUAAAGAAUUGGUGCGAAAUGACAGAACAAAGAAGAAAAAGGAGGAGAAGAAGCAGCCUGACACAGAGAUCUACGUCCUGUCAGCAGACACGGAGCAGAUGAUCGAACGAGUUCGACGGGCCCAUCAGGAUACAUUCCCGUCCCUCUGUCAGCUGGGAAAGUACACCACGAGCAACAGCUCUGAGCACCGUGUCGCUCUGGAUGUGAGUCUCUGGGACAAGUUCAGCGAACUGUCCACCAAAUGCAUCAUUAAGACAGUAGAGUUUGCCAAGCAGCUCCCAGGCUUCACAACCCUAACCAUCGCUGAUCAGAUCACGCUGCUCAAAGCCGCCUGCCUCGACAUACUGAUUCUGAGGAUCUGCACCCGCUAUACUCCAGACCAGGACACCAUGACCUUUUCUGAUGGCCUCACCCUGAAUCGCACCCAGAUGCACAACGCUGGGUUUGGACCUCUCACAGACCUGGUGUUCGCCUUUGCCAACCAGCUGCUCCCGCUGGAAAUGGAUGAUGCAGAGACGGGGCUGCUUAGCGCCAUCUGCCUGCUCUGUGGAGAUCGUCAGGAUCUGGAGGAGUCAGAGAAGGUGGAUAUUCUUCAGGAGCCAAUGCUUGAAGCUUUAAAGAUCUAUGUGAGGAGGAGAAGGCCGGAUAAACCCUGCAUGUUCCCCAAGAUACUGAUGAAGAUUACAGACCUCAGGAGCAUCAGUGUUAAGGGGGCAGAGCGAGUGAUCACACUGAAGAUGGAGAUCCCUGGCUCCAUGCCUCCUCUUAUCCAGGAGAUGCUGGAGAACUCUGAGGGACUUGAGGGGCACGGAGCAGGGGGAGGGAAAGGAAGAGGAGGAGGCAGAAGGGAGGAGGAAGACAAACCGGGAAGCCGCCAUUCGAGUCCGAUCCCCAAAUUGGUCCAUUCUCCCAGCCCGAGCCGCGUGCCCCGCUCCCCCUCCUCCCCCUCCCCCUGAAGCCCCACACUCUACAAACAAUAAGAGAUGAACUUGAUGAACUUGAGCAGAGCAUCUUGCGCUGCGUGUGAAUGUUUGAACCCAUAAACUUUCGGGGUCACUGUGUGCUGUGAGGACUGCUUUGUGUUAAGAAGUCAUGGUUCUCGAUGUUAAAUGCAAAAAAAAAAAAAGAAAAACAUUUUUAUGAUCUAUAAACAGUUCAUUAUAUAGAUUCUUCUUAAAUCAUACAUUUCCUAAAGUACAAAAAAGUCCUGUGCUGUAUAGUCUGGAGAAUGUAAUAUAGUGUAUAUAACAAAGGGUGUGAAAGAGCUAAGGCUGAGACAAGCUGAUACCAGAGGUUAUUUUCCUAACUGUACAUAUGUAUAUACUGUAUUUUUCCCAAUGCAGCUAACUGUUCCUCACCUCACCACAACACAACACAGAUACACUCAGCUUCUCCCUUCUUACCGCUCACAGAAACAUCAGGGAAAAAUAAAAACCCUCGACUUUAGUUUCCUCGACUGGAAUCAGAAAUGGAAAUAUGGAGACUUUAUAGAUCAUCAUCAUCAACUUUGGGUUGUUUUCAGAUGCAGCUCAAAGUAGCUUCAACAAACUGUGAAACACAUGGGAUUAGUUUUAUAAAAUAAACAGCUGUCUUCCUUUUAGUGGACAUUUUCAACCAAAGCUAAGUUAAUAGGAGCGUCAUCCGUGACAUCUAAAUGUGCAAGCUGUGUUUAGAGGGGGAUGAAGCAGUGAGGCUGCAGUGUUUCCUCCUUUGAUCCUUACAGAAGGACUCUGGACACGUUAUUUUGAAGCAUUAUUCAAACUCAUUUUUAUUUGAGUGGCCACCAGGACAGAAUCACUGCAUGUACAGAAUUAUCAGUCAGAUCUGGUUUAAAUCCGAUUCCCAUCUUUACCCAAAAAUAAAGCUUUAAAAUUAUUUUUUUCCCCCUGUGGAAGGUGCACUUCUCACACUGUCUUUGCUGUUGCAGAAUUAUGGCAUCACGUAGAAUAGUGGCAUAAAAUAUUUCUUUCCAAUAAGUGUCAUGUCUGGCCCAUGAACGCACCAGCUUCCCCCCCCCCAAAAAUAAGAGAUGUUGUGUUUAUGUAUGUCAGUUUUCAAAAAUGACUUAAAAAUAAAAUAAAAUAAUGGGAGACAAAUCAAAUACAGCUGCCAAACAGGAAGCAAAUGUUCCAUGUAUGGUUGCCAAACUUUGUCCGUGGACUCGAGACUUCUUUCUGGGAUUGUUGUUUAAAGAAAAUAAUAUUAUUUGUCCUCUGGGGGGCACUGCAGUAAGCAAAAACAUGUGUUUCCUGUCAGUGCUGGGCUCCCUCACUGCUGCUCCCAGCUCUGCUGUUUUUAUAGUGUGCGCCUCUUGAUGUCACAGUCUGUUUACACAGUGUUACUGCCUCACUACAACUUCCCUACUGUCAGGUACAAAUCAUCUCUGUCACUGUUCUCCCCUUUAAUGUGUGGUGAGCUAACACUCACUGGAAAGUAUAAAAUACAGGGCGUUCAAUAAAGAGGUAUCAUUCUCUUAUAAA